CCAGCAGUCCAGUUAGAGUAUCCACUAAAAUAAAAAAAAAGGUACGGUCAGUCAUCCAAUCUCGGCUUACAGUUAUUAUCCCACCAACCCCACCCAAGGAUAUUUCUCUUUCUCAAUCAAUUCAAUCAACUCAAUCGCUUAUCAACGAAAUACAUUAUAACAACUUAACUUCGGCAAGACACAGAUUUCCAAAUUUGAGAGACCAAUUAAAAAACCAAUUAUUGACAAGGCAAUGCGCAAGAUAAUUUUUCAAGCAUAGCAACCCUUAGGCAUCAGUAGCCAUGAGUUCUAUGCUGAAGAAGUCCGGAGGCUUGUCCUUCAAGCCAAAGGUCGCUCCUCGUCGACCAGGCGGUGCUCCCUCGACUUCGCAAGCACCUACUGCAUCUACAUCUGCUAGCACUACUAGAGCUCCGACUACUGAGGUUUCCUCACAGGCAUCAACUCCCGCGCCUACCGCACCUCCUACUCCCUCUGUUGAGUCGCCCAGUCAAGCAGUAACACAGAAAGAAAUCGCAAAGGAAAUUCCCACAGAGACGCCACAAGUUGAACCAGAGCAGCCAUCUACUUCAGUCCGAAAAGAUCCUACAGUAUCUACCACGCCUGGGCCAACUCCACCCCCAACAGCUUCUUCCGCAGUUGUCGAAGUACCGUCAGCACCUGCGCCAACACCUAUCCCGAGUGUUACUACCAGAAUAACAGCACCGGCACCAAUCCCAACCGUAGAUAAGCCUCCACGACCGUCGCCUUCAAUUUCUAUCUCGCCUCCCAUCGAUCAACCGGUACGACCAACGCCGGCACCAGAAACCGCUGCUACAGGACAUAUACCGUUACCACACCCCACCGCGUCCGUACAGAGCCGACUCGCACCGCCCACUGCCCCUCCAUCUCCUGCUCCCGUCCCCGACACGAUUGCCGUCUCUACCCCGGCUACCCCGGCUAACGAACCCCCCGCAGCUGCCCCGAAGAAGAAAAGGGUUUACCGCAAGCGUAAGACUGCUACAGGCAAUGAUGACGAUGCUACUACUACAGAGGGCUCCGCGCCGAAGAAAAGGCGCCCCCGCAAGGAACCUACCGCUGAUGGCAAUAGAGCAGUAUCAGAGGAAGGAACGGAAGGGGAACCCCAGGCUAAAAAGACUUAUAGACGUCGCAGACGUUCGCUUAGUAUCGAGGACCCAGAAAGUCAAACAGUUGAUCAUAGUACCACGAAAAUGGCCGAUUUGACCAGGGACUUGGGAAUUGGGAAGAAGUUCAAGCACGCAGAUGCCAUCGAGGAACGUGCGCGGCAAGCACGCGAAAGAUUCCGUCAGAAGAGAUUAGCAAAGCAGAGACAGGCUAUGGGGCUACCUCUCGAUGGAGAAGAGGCCUCGCGUGCCGGCACUCCAGUAGACGGCGAGGAAAAUGGAAGAGAGUCCGCAAUUGCACGAGCCAGAAAUCUAGGGGCUUCAGUUGAUGCAGGCGCACACUCUGUCGGUUACGAAGUUGUUGAUGGUCAGAUUGUAAUCAACCAAGAGUCGCUCGUGGUAGAUCGACACGCGGCACACCGGGACAUGUCGUCUCUCGAAACAGUUGAAGAAGACGAGUUCUCCCACUUGACCACCUCGGCAUCGUUUAGACGUGAGAGCCGCAGAACGGGCGCGAAUCACUGGAACGAGGAGGAUACUGAACGUUUCUACCGCCUCCUCAGCAUGUUCGGAACGGACUUCGAGACGAUCGCGAGCAUGUUCCCGGGCAAGACGCGGCGGGCGAUCAAGCUCAAGUUCAACCGGGAGGAAGCCCAGCGGCCGCGCCGCAUCAACGCCGCGGUCAUGGUUCGCGGCGAGAAGCGCGUCAGCAUCGACCUCGAGGAGUACAAGGCCCACCAGCCCGAGUGGCGCGAGAGCGAAGCCAUCCUCGCCGAGCACGCCGAACUCGCUAAAGAGCACGAGGAGGACCUAAGACGGCUGAGGGAGGAGAGGCGCGCCGCUGGGUUGAUUGAUGAUGAUGAUGAGGUGGCGGUGGCGGUGGCGGGUGGGCAGCAACAACAGCAAAAUGGGCAGAAGCAGCAAGGUGCCGGUGGCGCUCAGGCCGCCGGUCAGCCGAGUGCAAGAGUUGAUGAUCCGUAUGCGGUCACAGAGGAAAUAGUAGUUGAGGGUUAAGGUAGGGGGGAAAAGUGGGAUUUGCGAAAUGGAUGAACGGACGGACGGGACGAAUGGCCUAAGCAGCAACAACCCGCAAGCUUGUUUUUUUAUUGAUACCCUGUUUCCUUAGCUUGCUUGGUUGCUUGCUUAUAAAGAGCCGGACCAUAGAAAAGACACCAAAAAAAAACCGAGAUGUACUAUACAUAAACCUCUCGUAAAGGGUUGAAAAAAGGGGGGAAGGGGAAGGGGGAUUUACGGUAUUAUCGGCGUAAUGGACAUACACACAUCCAAAAAAGGAGACAGGCAGGGAGGGAGGCAAGCCUACGAUAGCAUUGAUGAAAGAGCAUACAUGCAUGUUACUUUACACCUUUGUCUUGCCUUACCUUGCCUUGGUUCGACUGGUUUGUUUCUCUUAUUCUGACUCUUACUUUCUCUACAGCCUCUGUACAACCAGUUAUGUACCUACCUAGGUACCUAACCUAAGGUAAUGUAGGCGAGUUGUGUUUACGGUCGAAUAGCAGAUUGUAGGGCAGCUAUGCCUACCUACCUCCUAGAUACCUGGUACUUAGGGUAGCUGCCGAGAAGCAUUUAUUUAUUGCAACCAGUUGUGCAAUGAGGACUUACUUCAAUUUUCUUUUUUUCGUGGCA